AUGAGCCGGGAUGUUGAAUAUUUGCCGGCAAUGAAGAAGAUUUGGGAUGCUGUGGGGAAGAUGUGGCAACCAGCUGACAUCCUCACGGCUAAAGGCCACCAGAUGUGUCAAACAUGGGCCGUCCGCGCAUCGCACCCUGAGUACCCAUAUGCACUGCACUUGUUAUCGAUGAUGGCACCUUUGACGAACGGAGCUGCUGUGCAGAUUUUUCCCACGGCAAGCAGUCCUUUGGUUGCCUUUGGAAUCAACGUGAACUAUUCACAAACACGAAAGAGCUCAUGCACCAGCCAUGCUGACAGCAUCACCAGGGUGUUGGAUUCCCAUGUCCGGCAAAAGACUCAAACCUUCUUGAACCAGAUGUCAGUGGAACAAGAUUUCACGCAUGAUGAAAGCACUGCUGCUGGGACACCCAGACAUGUUUGGGUACCUUUGCCGGCGGAAGUGGCCGAAAUGCUCGGCAUCGCCAAAGAGGCUACUUCUCCAGCAGCUGCCCAAGCUGAAUGGAAGGAAACCUUUCCUGGCGAGAUGCCGCCAGAGCUCCCUGCCACGCAAGACUUUGCAGCCGACUACUUGCCAUCUUCCGCGGGCUAUCCUGUCCGCCUGCUUGACGGCAACAUGAGCCGCCUGCGAUUCCGCAGGGAUCCCAGGGUGCCGUCUGGCUUCACCGCUGAAUGGCGUGUGGCCAACAGAGCUUUUCCUGUGCCUCCUGAAUUCCAACUUGAAGCGGCAGUCCUGCGGGUCACGGAAUAUUUUUCCGUGCCACAUAUGAAACUUGAUCUCACUCCCGAAGCCCAGCAAAUGCACAUGUCCUACCAGGGUGGAUUGAAUGUGCAGUCCCACAUGGCCCGGGAACGUGCAGAUCCUGUUGGUGGAGCCCGCCUCGGCGCUGCGCCGUGGCACAUCGGCGUUUUGGCCGGGCUGCUGCUGGUCUACGAAAUCUUCUCAGGAGUCUACAGCGCCGACCGCUUGCAGCAGAAAGAUUUGCAGGUGCAUACAAUCAAGGACAUUGCCUUGGGCGAAGAAGCUGCCAGUCCCAACCCCCAGCCGCAGCCAGCAGAAGUGCAACCUGACUUCGAUGCCUUGGUUGGGGCAGAUCCACUUCCCUUUCCCGGCGGAGAUUUUGCAGACUCCAUAGUCGACGAUGCGGCUGCAGGUCACAGCCCCGAACUUCCGCCCGAGACUGAGCCGCUCCGGGUUGCCGACGUUCGCUCCAUCGAGUUUGGGUAUGGCCCGGAUGGCGCUUCAGUGCAGAGUGCUUUUCACGCGAAGCAUUUGACUGAUCGCUUCAUCAUGAAGGCUACGCUUCUACAUGGGCAUCCCAAGGUAACUUCGAAAACUAUUUGCGACAAGUUGCGCUCCUCCAGAGAAUCCGGUCGAAAGGCCUUACCGCGAGAGAACUGGGUGGCCGUGAUGGAAGCUUGCGCUGGUUCUCCCAUCCUUGACUUCCAAGACGACACCCUCCAACUUCGUGCUAUACCGCAAGAUGCACCAGGGCGGACAUUCUACCACAAUGAGCUGAUGAAGUUGUGCGGAGUCACCAUGAGAGAGCUCAUGACAGCCAUGAACCGAGCCGCAGCCGCAAAGGCGAAAUCGGCAGCUCCUCCCAAGCGGAAGCGACAAGACGGACACGAAGAUUAG